AUGCUGUGCUCUCAAUGUAGCAGUCACUCUACUUAGAUUGUGAGCUCUUUGGGGGCAGGGACCAUCUUUUUGUGCUGCGUUUGUACAGCACCUAGCACAAUGGGAUCCUGGUCCAUGACUAGGGCUCCUAAGUGCUACCCCAAUAAUAAUAAUAAUAAUAAUAAUAAUAAUAAUAAUGGUGCACUUUAGGAGCAUGGUGCACUUUAGGAAGUUAGUAUGUCUCUUUCAUUUGAACUGCAGAUUUUUUUGGGGGGUGGCAGGGAAAAGAUGCUGAAAUGUUCCAUUAAAAGAACUUAAUGAAUGAAUUCACAUUAGAAUCUUGAUUGGUAACAUAUCAUCAGAUCUAAAAGGAUAUUGGACUUACUUCAACUCUGUGCUCUGGAGAAAAAUAGGGUGCUUUGUAUUAAAAAGUUUGCUAGUUCCCCAGAAAGCAGGGGGAUUCCUCUCCUUUAUCCUCGCCAUUUCUGAUCAUAACUUCUCUCUUUUUUUUUUUUUAAUUUAUUACCUCAUUAACACUUGUGAACAAAGGAGUCGAAUACAUAAGGAGAAGUUUGGGGUUCCAUAUUCAGUGAGCUGAUGGCACUUCUCGCAUUCCUGUAAAGUUCUUCGAUCAUGUCUGAUACCUUCUUCUUGGUGGCAAAUCUGUGACAGCAGCCUGGAAAGGAAACUAUUCCAGGGGCCUGGAUGUGAGAAGAAGAAAAGCUUAAUAUGUAAGUUUUGGACAUUUAUACAAAAUUGGAAUAAACAUCAAGAUCUGAACACUAACUAACCCAGCUGCUAGGUGGGAGAGCCCUCAGGCGUCUAAAUCCAGUUUGGAAUGUGGCAUAGGAGAAAGUCUACAGUAAAGAUUCACUGUAACUUAAGGUAAAAGGAAAAAGUCAGUACUUCAGAUUUCCACCUGAAUCUGAAAGGGCAUCUUGAGUUCAACAUCCAGAGUCAAAUUCAGAUGUCUGCCUUGUGAACAUUUUUUGGAGAUUAAACAUGGCUGUCUUCAUUGUUUUAUUAACUUUGCUACAAGUUUCAAGUGCCUUAUAUGGACCAAGGCUUUUGACAGGUGAGGUUGGAGGAUCCGUCACUGUCGAAUGCUUCUAUCCACCCACUAAAGCCAACAGACAUGACAGAAAAUAUUGGUGUAAAAUGUCAGGAGCCAGAAGAGUUUGCAACACCAUCAUUUCUACCAGCUAUUUCAUCUCUAAAGACUACAAAGACAGAGCCUCCAUCACCGACUUCCCUACGAACGGCACGUUCACCGUACAAAUGACACAGCUGCAGCUGAAUGACGCUGGGGCUUACAGAUGUGGCAUCGGCAGCAACAACAAAGCCUUAUUCGUCAGCAUGAAUCUAACAGUUUUGGAAGGUACAGUAGCCGGGGAUCUUCACAACAGGCUGAUUGCAAAAGGUCCCAAUGUACCUAAAUCACGAGAGCUUGUGCUUGGGGAGCUCAGAGGGUCAGUGUCAAUACAAUGCCAACCUGAAAACGUCAAAGGCGGAAGAAAGAAAUUCUGGUGCAAACUGGGGAAAACUGGCUGUUCUGUCAUAGCGGACUCUGAUGGUUAUGUGGCCAGGAAUUACGAGGGAAGGAUCUCUAUUACCCCUGAAGAAAGCUCUGGUUCUUUCAAAAUCUUGAUAAACAGACUAAAAAAAGAGGACUCUGGACUGUAUAAGUGUGGGACGGCCAUGGUUGAUGACUCUGAAAAUGCAAAAACCAUAGAUCUACAAGUGACUGAAGAGUCAACCGCUCCCAGGGAACCCAGGCUCUUGAUUGGACCUGAAGGAGGCUUCGUGUCUGCCAAGUGCCACUACGAUCCGCAACAGAAUUAUGAAAUGAAAUACUGGUGCCGCUGGAAGGAAGCUGGGUGCUCCCUUGUGGCAGAUACCAGUGGAUUUGUACAGGAUGCAUUUGAAGGAAGAAUUCGGAUCGUCAGUGAUAAUCAGGAAAAUGGGACUUUCACCGUAGUGAUGAGCCAUCUGGAAGAAAAGGAUGCAGGAUGGUACUGGUGUGGGGCGAAAGAUGGAGACACAGAGCAAACAUCCUCCAUGAAGUUACACGUUCAAAAGGCGCCAGUACCAUCUGCAUCUGUGAGCCCAAUAUCAGCAACGUCUGCUCUCCACAGCAUCCCCAGUCAUGUAAAUGUCAUAAAUCAGACAUAUCCCAUGAGCAGAGUCACGGAGGGAAUACUGGAAAAAACCACCCCUGAAGAGAGAUUUGUAACCUUUAGCAAUGCAGUCUAUGACAGCAUCCCCAGUCAUGUAAAUGUCAUAAAUCAGACAUAUCCCGUGAGCAGUGUCACGGAGGGAAUAUUGGAAAAAACAACCCCUGAAGACAGAUUUGUAACCUUGAGCAAUGCAGUCUAUGAGAGGAUCCCCAGUCAUGUAAAUGUCAUAAAUCAGACAUAUCCCGUGAGCAGUGUCACGGAGGGAAUAUUGGAAAAAACAACCCCUGAAGACAGAUUUGUAACCUUGAGCAAUGCAGUCUAUGAGAGGAUCCCCAGUCAUGUAAAUGUCAUAAAUCAGACAUAUCCCGUGAGCAGUGUCACGGAGGGAAUAUUGGAAAAAACAACCCCUGAAGGCAGAUUUGUAACCUUGAGCAAUGCAGUCUAUGACAGCUCAUCAACACGUGAACUGCAACUGCUUCCAGUUGUGGUACCAGCCCUCAUUGUGCUGCUGCUUCUUUUUGCUAUUAUUAUUCUUAUAUUUAUUAAAGUCAAGCUUCAAAAGAAGAAGGAAAUGAAGAGAAGUUCUGUGAGAAACCUUGAAGCAACAGAAACCUUGAGUGAUAUAAAGUAUUUAGAAGAGCAAAUGAUGGAGGAAAACAUGGAUCCAGCAAAGCGAUGUGAACCUAAACUGGGCCAUGACAAAGGUAGACAUAUUCUGGAUUCUGUGCUACAAAUAUCAUCUCACUGGUUAGAGGACAAGAAAAGAAGUCACCCAAAUAGUCUGCAGAACCAACAAUUUCAGGAGAGGUUGGGGAACCAGGCAUUUGAAAGGAAAAUGACUUUCUUGGUGUUCAUCUUCUUGCUCUCCUUCCUCCAAGCUCAGUCUGCAAGAAUUUUAAGUUCAAGCCCCAUCUUCGGACCAAGGCAGGUGACUGGUUUGCAGGGAGGAUCAGUUACUGUGAAAUGCUUCUACCCUCGCACCAGUGUGAACCGCCACGACAGAAAAUACUGGUGCAAGGAAUCAACAAGGCAAUGUGUGACCGUCAUUUCUACCAGUGGCUACACUGCUCAAGACUUCACUGGCAGAGCGACAAUCACAGACUUCCCAGAGCAAGGCAUCUUCACCAUUGAGAUCUCAAAGCUAGUGGAAAAGGACAUCAGCUUUUAUAAAUGUGGCAUUGGUCUCAAUGAUAGAGGACUUUCCUUCAGAGUCAAGCUGGAUGUUUCCAAGGGUCCAAAAGUGCCUGAAGAAGCCGAACUCUAUUACGUUGAGCUGGGAGGUUCUGUGACCAUCAACUGCGUGUUUGGCCCAGAAUAUGGCAGUGAGAGGAAGUACCUGUGCAGAAUGGGGAAAACCGGCUGCUCUACUGUCAUCGACACCUACGGGAACGUUAACGAAAACUACAAAGGGAGAGUUUUGCUGAGCCCUCAGGAGCUUGCUGGGUCAUUCAGCCUCUAUCUGACCCAGCUGAGGAAGGAAGAUUCGGGUGUAUAUUUGUGUGGGGCUGGGACUUACGGAGAGAAAGGAGAAUCCAAGGAACUGGAUGUGCAUGUCUACCAAGAGACAUCUGUCCCCCAGGGACGACACGUAAUAAAUGGAGUCAUAGGCGGUUCAGUAUCUGUCGAAUGCCGCUAUGAUCCACGUGGGAAUUACACCCUCAAGUACUGGUGCAAAUGGAGGAAGAAUGGGUGCAAUCAGUUAAUAAACAACCUUGCGAGUAUGAUAGAUUCAUAUGAAGGAAGGAUAGUCCUGCACGAUAACCCGGAAAAUGGAACAUUCACGGUAAUAAUGAACCGGCUGACAGCAGCGGAUGCAGGAUAUUACUGGUGUAUGACGGAUGGAGAUAUGGAAAGGAAAUCUACAAAGGAGCUGAAGAUUACAGAAGGGCAACUUGGUUUAACAGGACCAAAAGAGAUUGAUGCAGUCAUUGGUACACAGGUCACCAUACCAUGCUCUUAUCCAUGCAAAUAUUAUUCUUACCAGAAAUACUGGUGCAAGUGGCGUAAUACUGGCUGCCAAACUCUCAUGUCCUCUGAGCAAAACCAAACCGGCCUGGUUGUGAACUGUGACAAGGAGAAGAGGACACUCUACCUAACUUUUGACCAAGUAAUACAGACAGACCAAGGGUGGUAUUGGUGUGGAGUGAGCAAUUCUGGUCACUAUGGGGAAACCAUGGCAGUGUACCUGACAGUAAACGGAGCUGAAAUUGCAGACUCUCCCAAUGCUGUUUCCGACACAGGCUCUGAAGUUAGUAUUAAUUCCCAAAACAGAGCCGGGGUCCUAGAUGACAACUCUUCACCCAGCUCUCAGGAACAUGACAGCUCUAAGGUGAUUCUCUCAGUCCUGCUCCCCAUUGCUGCUGUGUGUCUGCUCCUUGCUACAGCCUUUGUGAUUGUUAAAUUUAGGCUCCUGAAGCGCACAGAGUUGGUUUCGGUUGGAAGCUACCGAACAAAUAUUAGCAUGUCAGAAUUUGAGAAUGCCGCAGAUUAUGGAGCGAAGGACAAUGUGGGCAUAAAUGAUGCUCAGGAGACCCAGAUAGGAGGAGUGGAUGAAUUUAUAACUACCCCUGGCAAUGCUGAAGGUGCAGAAGAACCACCGAAGGUGAAAAGGGGUUCCAAGGAGGAGGCUGAUCUUGCUUACACCACAUUCCUGCUUCAAGCGAACAAAGUAGCCCAAGGACAGGCUUAGCAAGUUCCUCGACUGUCCCCUAUUAAAGCUUCUGAAGAUGGUACAAGCAAAAAGCAAUAAUGAUUGAAAAGGAUCCUGUGUUCUGAAUCAGUGAACAACAGAUCUGCAAGUUGCACUAUUUCUUACUGUCAAACAUUUUGCUACAUCUAGAUCUUUCAGUUCCUCAAAGAUUUGUAAUGAGGUUGUGAGUGGUGAUAUAAUAAGAAUCUUCUGGUCAAAAAUAAAUUGCCUUGGGGAAGUUGAACCCUCAGAAGUUUGAUUUUCCCCCCCUUUUUUUAGGGCAAGGGAUCUCAUUUCAAGCAGAUUUGAGGUGAAAUAGCAAUAAAGGUCUAAUGCCUUUGCUCUCCUGCAGGCUGAGCUCACGCCUUUCGGAGUUCACCAAGCCCCAAGGAUGGCAAUGACCUAAGGAUACAUUUAAGAUUCACAUCUCAUUUGAUUUUAAAGCACCAGGAAAUAUUUUAGAACAAUGAGUCUCUCUUUUGAUUCCUGUGAGCGUUUUAAUCGAUAAGGCAGGACCUGUAGGCCGGACAAGUAGCCUGGAAUUGUUUUUUCUUCACAACCAAUAAAGAAUAUGAUUGUAUUUUA